UGUGUAUUAAACUAAAGCAAUUAGGGUGAAGCCCAAGGUGGCAGAAGUCACUGAUUUCCUGUCACCUGGUAUCUAUCAGAGAUCCUAGGCCUGGCCCAUCUCACUCACCCGCUGGGCACUGCUCGCUUCCAAACUGAACUCAGCAGCAAGCAUCUACACCAGCCCUUGAGCCUUAAGACCUUGGAGACUCAGGAGUUUUGAGGGUGAAAUGACGACGCCCAGAAACUCAAUGAUUGGAGCUUUCCCAGCAGAUCCUGUGAAAGGUCCCAUUGCCAUGCAACCUGUCCCCAAACUAAUUCCCAGGAGGGUGCCUUCGAUGGUCCCUACACAAAGCUUCUUCAUGAGGGAAUCUAAGGCUUUGGGGGCUGUCCAGAUCAUGAACGGGCUCUUCCACAUGACCCUGGGCAGCCUCCUGUUGUUCCACAUGGAGGUCUAUGCACCCAUCUGUGUAACUUUGUGGUACCCUCUCUGGGGAGGCCUUCUGUAUAUCAUUUCUGGAUCAUUCCUGGCAGCAGCGGAGAAAAGCCCCAGGAAGAGUUUGGUCAAAGCAAGGAUGGUAAUGAACUCAUUGAGCCUCUUUGCUGCUAUUUCCGGAAUAAUUUUUUUGAUCAUGGACAUAUUUAAUAUUACUAUUUCCCAUUUUAAAAUGGAGAAUCUGAACCUUAUUAAAACUCCCACGCCUUAUAUUAACAUAUACGACUGUGAACCAGCUAACCUCGCUGAGAAAAACUCUCUAUCUAUGCGAUACUGUGAAAGCAUGCGAGCUGUGUUCUUGAGCACUUUUGCAGUGAUGCUGAUCUUUGCCUUCCUCCAGAAAUUUGUGACAGCUGGCACGGUUGAAAAUGAAUGGAAAAAAAUGUGCUCCAGACCCAAAGCUAAUGUGGUUCUCCUGUCGGCUGAAGAAAAAAAAGAACAGGCCAUUGAAAUAAAAGAAGAAGUAGUCGAGCAGACUGAAAUACCUUCCCAACCAAAGAAUGAAGAAGAGAUUGAAAUUAUUCCAGUCCAAGAAGAAGAAGAAGAAGAAGAAGAAGAAACAGAAAUAAACUUUCCAGAGCCUCCCCAAGAUGAGGAAUCUUCACCAAUAGAAAACGACAGUGCCCCUUAAACUAUUUUUUUUUCUAUUUUAUGUUUCCUCUUCUUUUAAGCAUUAGUGCCUGCAGCUUACAAGAGACAUACUUGCCCCUAUUUCUGGAGGCACUUUGCAUGUAUCCUCCAUGUCUCUCUCUGGUCUUUGCAUGGAGUGGCCACAGCUCCCUUCUCCCGCCCUCAUUGAGAGUAUGAUUAUAGGCCAUUGUAGCAGGUUGUGUCGUCAUGCUUCUUGUUUAGGGCAGCUUUCUUACAUUUAAAAAAAAGGGGGGGGGCGCUGAAUAAGGGCUGCAGUAUAUGAUUUGGAUAAGGUCUAGUAGUAGCAAGAUUAGCAGUAGUAGUUUUGUUUUUUGUUUUUUGUUUUUUUCAUUUCUUCCCCCUGCAGUGGGAAGACUCCACAUCAGAUGAAAAAUAUAAGCGACUGCUCCAUGCCAUCUCUAAACUAUCUUUAGUUCCUUCCACAUCUACAUUUUUCAUGGAGUCUCUUUUGCACCACUAUUUUCAGGAAAGUAAAAAAAUAAUAAUAAUGAGGUCCAAUAAAGAACCUAUGCCAUCUAUUUUUUUGUGGGGUUGACAUUAUGUGGCUCCCACACCACAUCAGGGGGGCACUAAGUGGCCAGCCCUCAGCCCUGUCUUCAUACAAACAGCACCUCUUAUAUAUGGACACAUAUCUGUAUGCGUUAACUUUCCCUAACAUAUGCUCUAGGCUCUUGGUUGCACUGUCUACCUACUUUUAGCCUUUAGAGAAGACAAGAAAGAAUGAAAGAAAAAAAUGCCAUAAUGAGCCCCCAAAUCAUAAAUGAUAAUCAAUACUUGUAUCUGUAAAAUAUUUUCUAGUUCACAUAGUAUUUUUUCAAAUAAUUGCAAUUGAUCUUCCAUGAUCAAGGAAAAAAAAAAUACCCUACCCCUAUUUACAAAUGUUCAAAGAGGCUACAUAACUCAUAAGAAAGUAAAGGUAGUUUGUCAAUGGUCACAGCCAGGAAUCUUGAGAGCCUCGUUUCAUACCCAGAUCUUCUUACUCAAAUGCUAUCCUGUCUGAAAUAACCAAACUGCCUAUCUGAUGUCUGCAUAAACUACUACAGGUUUCAUCAAGCACCUACUCUCUGAUCAGCAUGAAACAGGUGUUGAGAGACACAAAAUUGUUAGCGAUCAGGUUUUUACCCAUUGGUAACAAAAAGACUUAGACCUUCAAAAAGCAUUAAUAUAUAAUAAGCUGACAGAGUAUAUAAUGCAGACACUAAGAGCUACAGACAUUCUGAGAAAGAGAAUCAUGCUUGGAAAUAACAUAAUCACU